GCGGCAAAGUAAGCAUUCUAAUUAGUAUAUAAAAGUCAGGUCAUAAGGAAUGUCUCUCACGACAUCUACAUUCUUCACGUUUGUUAGUCUCUCAUGAGCAAUCGCGUGACACGGAUAUUCGUGCCUGAAAUAUUCUUAGUACACAUUUUCACGUUCAUAAUCUCAGUCUUCCUUCAACGUGACUGAUAAAACGUACUGAUAAAAUUGAAUCGAGAUGCAGCCUUUAAUCAAAUCAAAUCAAAUCAAAUCAAAUUAAAUUAAAUUAAAUCAAAUUCAACAAAUUACAUGAAAAAGUUCAGUGUCCGUGCACAGUGUAUUCAAUACUUUUAAGGACCAUCAUACACACACGAAUUACACAACUUGAACUGACAUGGAUAUUGUUCAUGAUCCACAUUUGAGACACUUGUUCGAUGGUGACCCAAUAUUUAAUGUCUACAAUCAGGAAGCUGUAAACUUGUCAGUCGGAGCACCUGGUCCUGACUUAUUAAAACAUUGUGCAGAAAUGCUGAAUAGAUCCACGCGACAUAGACUGGAAGAAGAAGAAAAGGAAGGGAAAUAUUAUCUCUUUCAAUACGGUAUCACAGCGGGUCUUUGGGAAUGUCGCGAUGAAUUAGCCAAGUUUUUGAGCAAACGGUAUAGCAAUUCCGUGAUGAGAGAGCAUCUAAUAUUGACAUGCGGAGCAUCGCACGGUCUUCAACUAUUAUUAAAUACCAUACUCUCACCGAAUGGAAUUAUCUUUGUAGAAGAAGUUACUUAUAUGAUUGCUCUUGAUGCUUUUAAACAAUUUCCAUUAAUGCUAAUAGUUACAGUGCCAAUGAAGGAUGAUGCAGUAGAUCUAGAUGCACUUGAAAAAAUAAUAAUUGAAGAGAAGACAAAAGGCAACUUUCUUUUAAACAAUCAGAAAAUAUUCUGGGCGAUGUUUUAUACAAUACCAAUUUUUCAUAAUCCAACCGGAAUGACAUUGUCACCUGAUCAAUGCAAGCGUUUAGUAGAGAUUGCACAAAACAAUUCCAUAGUGGUAGUCUGUGAUGAUGUGUACAAUUUGCUUUAUUAUGGGCAAGGACCUCCGCCACGACGUUUAUUUACUUACGAUGAUCCAAAAGAACCAAAUUAUAAAGGAGGGAACAUUGUAUCAAACUGUUCGUUCUCUAAAAUCUUUUCACCAGCGAUUCGCUUUGGAUGGAUUGAAUGCAGUCCGCGUGUUGUGAACAUUGUGAAAACAUCGGGCAUAAUGUGCAGUGGUGGUGGAGUUAAUCAUUAUGUUUCCGGAGUAAUUGCAAGUUUGCUUCAUGAAAAUCUCGAAAAUGAGUAUCUGGAUAAGAUUAUAAAGAUUUACAAGGUACGUUACAUCAUCUCU